GCGACGGAUGCCAAAGCGCGAUGAAAUGCAAAGAAAGCCAAUUGCUGGCCCGGGGUGGGGGGAGAUCGCUCCUCGGAGUCCUGCCUGCGACUCUGGAAGAGGCAAUAAUUGCUGGAGACAGAGAGAGCUGGGGGGCUGGGCUGAGGUAGCCAUGUAUAAAUAGUGUGAUCUCCCCAUUGAAAGGCAUAAAUAACAGCAGGAGGGAUCUAAGCCCCGAGACAGCGCCCGGUCUCUGCUCUUCGACGUGGUCUUCCUCGCUGCUUGUCACGAGGAGGAGGAUUUAAAACAAAACACGCGCACGCAACGCGCAACACCACCUUCAGCAGCAGCAGCAACAGCCUGGACCGACGAGGCGGUCCCCUGGACCUCUUGAGUGCAGAUCUCCACCCCACCAGCCCCACCACCACGACCCACGCCCAGAUCCAGCCGCUGCAGCGCGGAGGACCUCUUCACUGUGGAUCGCGAGCGUGCGCUUCUUCUCUCCCCCUCCCCUUUCCCAGCCACCGGGUCGCCAUGGAAGAACUUACCGCGUUUGUCUCCAAAUCUUUCGACCAGAAAAGCAAGGAGAGCAGCAGCGGAGGAGGAGGAGGAGGUGGCGGCGGAGGAGGCGGCGGAGGAGGAGGAGGCGGCGGCGGUGGCAGCAGCGGCGGAGGAGGCACCGGCCACAAGAAGGAGACUAUCACGUACCGGGAAGUUUUGGAGAGUGGGCUGGCGCGCUCGCGGGAGCUGGGCGCCUCGGAAGCCGGCAGCCUGCAGGAGCUGGCCGAGAGCGGCGCGCACUGCCCGGUGCACCUCUUCAAGGAGCACGGAGACGGAGACAAGGACAAGCUCAAGGACUUCAACCACGCCAGCAGGACCUCGGAAGGGAUCUAUGAGUGCAAAGACAAGCGGGAAGAGGUGAAAUCCGAAGACGAGGACGGCCAGACCAAGCUGAAGCAAAGGAGGAGUCGAACCAAUUUCACACUGGAGCAGCUGAACGAGCUGGAGAGGCUCUUCGACGAGACGCACUAUCCGGACGCCUUCAUGAGGGAGGAGCUGAGCCAGAGGCUGGGGCUGUCGGAAGCCAGGGUUCAGGUUUGGUUCCAGAACCGAAGAGCCAAAUGCCGGAAACAGGAGAACCAGAUGCAUAAAGGUGUGAUCUUGGGGACGGCCAGCCACUUAGACGCCUGCCGAGUGGCCCCUUACGUCAACAUGGGCGCCCUGAGGAUGCCUUUCCAGCAGGUAGUCCAAGCUCAGCUGCAGCUGGAAGGCGUCACCCAUGCCCACCCUCACCUCCACCCUCACCUGGCUGCACACGCCCCUUAUCUGAUGUUUCCUCCGCCCCCUUUUGGACUUCCCAUUGCCUCCUUGGCAGAUUCCGCCUCUGCAGCAGCAGUAGUAGCAGCGGCUGCAAAGAGCAACAGCAAGAAUUCCAGCAUCGCUGACUUGAGGCUCAAGGCUCGGAAACACGCCGAGGCCCUGGGGCUCUGACAUUUCCUCCCCAGAAGCCAUUUUGUUGCCAGGGAUGGACAAUAGUAUCUUUCCUCUAUCCAGUAUCCAAGCUUGGCUGUGAUAAGGACAACUGGUACCUUUUUAAAGGGCCACAAGUACUUGUAGACAGGCUCAGUGCUGGCCUGUUCCUUCUUUCCUCCCUUUCUCAUCCUCUCUUUUUAUUUUGUUCAAAUACUUCAGCAACUUGUUCAGUUGAUCUGAGGACUGAAGGACUGAGGACUGGCCUGUUUUCUGUUUUAAAUUUUUAUUUCAAAAAGCACUUAGUGCUAAUGAUUGCAGUUAAACUGUUCUUCAGCCACCAGAUGCAUAAAUAUUAGGUUUGAAAUCAGUCUGGAUCUCAGUUAUAGGUGUCAGUUUUGGAAAAAAAAAGUUGAGAAAACUUUGGAGGAAAGUAGAUUUUUUGGGGGGUGGGGGAACGGAACCCUCCGAUCGCGUGGCAUCCAUGAAUCUUGGGACAAGUGGAAGUGGACCCUGGCCAAACUGAAGAUGAUCAUGUCAGCCCAACACCAUUUGCUGCUGCCAGUUUUGCUACAUCGUGCAUGUGCCUAACUUUAAACAAUGUUUGAAAAUCGCCAAGUAUACUGAAACAAAAAUGAAACAGAAAAGAAAAAAGAAAAAGCUUAACAACAUCGUGGGGCUGGUCUCCAUUAAGAUGACAUUUCUUCUUUGUUGCCAACGGUAUUAUUUCAAUCUCAUGAAUCUCUUCCAUCGCUAUGGAGCUGCUGCUGCUGCAGAACUGGUUUGAAUUUAAACGUGGAAUUUCAGAUCUGAGACAAGGCAGUGUUCUCUAAACAAAGCAGCAAUAACACAGUGGGGUGUCCAAAUGACUACAUCCUUCACGAGGCACAACAAGAACAACAACAACUGAGUGUUCGUGUGAGAAAGAGAGACACCCAAAUUAGUUGGUGAUCCAAAUGACAGGAACAAUGAUGAACACAUCUGUUUUACUGAGAACCACCUGAACAUGCUGAAAUGCUUAUACUAUGUGAACAGGUUUACUUCACCGUUUUUAUUUCCAGAUGUCUGGAUCUCUGCGGAAGGCCUGCUCGGUUUACAGGAUCUAGAGGGGUUGAUUCAUCUGUCAAAGAUGGACACAGUUUUGUUUUUUUAAAAAGCAUAAUACUGAUGCAGCGUUAAUUUUAGUGAAAUGCAAUUAAGUGCAGUAAAGUGCAAUACUGUAAAUAUUAUAGAUUAAAAGGGGGGGGGGGAAUAGUCGCACAUUCUUUUUCUGUUAAUAACCAACUCUGCAGGAACUGUAACCUGGUCCUUUGUGUUCAGACCUGGGAAUUGCCAUUUGUUGCCAAAAUGAUAAAGUCUGGGCCUUCUACAGAUUGGGAAAGAAAUAUGAAUUGCAUAUAUAAAAAGAGAACCGCCAUGAUUAUGAA